AUGGUUGUCGGCCCCGCGGCCACCUCACACUGGGUGUUGUGGCGCGAGAUCCAUCGGCCUGCGUUUGUGGGUGCGAAUGGCAACCUCUUUCCAUUGACCAUGAGUGACGAUUUGGUAUCUACAUUUCUCGCUGUGGCCGGAACAGAUGACGCUGCUGUAGCCAAGCAGUACUUGGACCUUACAAAUAACGAUUUGGAGUAUGCCGUGACUUUAUAUAUGGAAUCACAUCCUCCCAGCAUCGCCAAUGCCACUAGUAAUCAAGAAUCUGAUGAAAAAAUUGCCCAAAGACUUCAGCAGGAGGCGUAUGGAACGAAUGGAGACGAAGUUAGAGAGGCAGAUGCCAAUGUACAUCGCCACGAGACUUUGGUGGACUCUUUUGACGGAUUCAUGCCACCACCAAUGAGCCGUCCAACAGAUAUAUUUGGCUCAGGACGCAUUGGAGUGUUUAAUCAGCGCUUCGAAGACGAAGCCGACGAGUACCUUGAUAGAUGCGAUGCCAUGAGCGAAGAUGAGGAUUGGGAGGACGACGACGAUAACGAAAUAAUCGUGGUGGAUAGCGACGACGAUGAUGAUGAACAAAAUACUAGACCCGUAUCCAGGCGCCGCAGAAGACGCAGCGACCGCCUUACUGAACUUACGUCGACCCAGAGACGUCUUGCGACCCUUUUUCGUCCACCGUUUGAUCUCAUGUCACGAGUUGAUUUAGACUCGGCUAAGAAACAAGGCCGUACGGAAAAGAAAUGGAUUCUUAUUAACAUUCAGGACCCCGCCGAGUUCACCUGCCAGGUGCUCAAUCGUGAUUUCUGGUCUAAUCUGCGUAUCAAGACUGUCGUGAAGGAACACUUCAUCUUCCUACAGUACCAGAAAGACUCACCAAAUGGGCAAAAUUUCCAGAGUUUCUACACCGUAAGUGAACUCCCUCAUAUCUCCAUCCUUGACCCACUCACUGGUGAGAGGGUUCGCACAUGGCCUGACGGCCAGGUCCCAAAGGUCGACGAUUGGAUCGACGAAGUGGACGACUUCCUAGCAAAGUUUUCUCUCGACCAAAACUCCAAGAACCCCACUGUCCAGCAUGAGGUCAAAUUCGACCCUGAUGCCUUAUCAGAAGAGCAGCAGAUUGAAUUUGCCUUGAAACAGUCAAUGCAGGAGAACCAAGGUAGCUCCAAAGACAAUGCAAUAGAUCUAGAUGAACUGGAGCAGAUAGAAUUCGCGCAAGAUUCAGUUCAAGAUCCCUUCUUUCAAAUCCAACCACAAGACCACGAAGAACCUCUGGAGAAUUUCACACGCAUACAAAUUCGUUUUCCCAAUGGAAAACGUUUAGUUCACAAAUUUGGAAAGGAAGAGCUGGUAUCCACCAUUUACCUGUACCUCAAACACAUACUCCAAUCAGAGGGUGAAGUCUACGGCUUGGCGCCAGGCGAAACAUUCAGAUUGUCAAACUUGUCCAAUAGAUCAAAGUCAUUAAUAGAUUACGCAGACGAUACCGUCGUGGGUGCUGGCUUGCUGAACGCAAGUAUCUUGUUGGAAAAGGACUAG